ACUGCAGCUGAAGAAGAGAGCACUGAAAGAUCUGAUGUACUCGAUGUUCGAGCUAGGCCGAUUUGGGGGGGGGUAGCUUCCUCCCACAAACUCUACGGGCCUUUAACCAAUACCAAAUCAAGACUGAGACCGCAUGAGAAACUGCAUAUAGGAAACCAACACUGAGGAGGUGUCACAUGAAAACUGAAAAGGAGAAGAGUGAAGUAUAUUCAGAGGGAACUGGCAAGAGAAAAAUGGAGAAUCCAUUGCUUUUAUCCCCUCAGCUAAAUCCUACUUCCAGAGUGAAAUCGCUGUAUAAAGUAAUGAAAUCCUUGCAUAAAGAGGGGGCAAAGCCAGACACAAAAAGCAGGGAUCAGGAAAAGAGGAACCGAUUGAGUCUCCUGCUGCAGAAGUCUGAAUUACACCCAGAUGCCCAACUUCACAAAUUUGAGAAAUUUGCAAUGGCUUCAAGUGAAUGCCCUGAAACUGUAAAGAAGUGGGGUGAAUCUUUUGAUGAACUGAUUUCACAGAAAGGUGGAUUAGAUGCAUUCACAAGGUUCCUGAAAAGUGAGUUUAGUGAAGAGAACAUUGAAUUUUGGAUGGCAUGUGAAGAUUACAAGAAGAACACGGAAGCGUCCCAACUCUCACUCAAAGCAAAGACCAUUUAUGAGACCUUCAUAGAAAAAGAAGCUCCGAAAGAGGUCAACCUUGACUUUAACACCAAAACAUGUACCAGUCAGAGGAUGAGUCACCCGACACUCAACACAUUUGAUGCUGCACAGACCAAAAUCUAUGCCCUGAUGGAGCAAGACUGUUAUCCACGCUUCCUGAGGUCCAACCUUUACUUAGAUUUGCUCCACGGCAGACCUCACGGCUGUUCUGCUCUUAGAAGGAGAUCACGCUCUUUUACCUUCAAUGAGUUCAAAGAUGCCCAGCCAGAUUUUGCCAUCUGGCUUUAAAUAAAUAUUCUCCCUUGGACGUCCAUCCGUUUGAGAACACCUUGGCAGGAGCAGCGGGGCAUUGCCUUGAAUGGCUUACAUGAAUGUAACUUCACCAUUCCCAUGGAAUGGUGUCCAAGUUAACCUGCUGAUGAUCACAUUGUGAAGUCUUCAGUGCUUAGCUUCAACCAGCGCAUGAAUGAGGAACAGCUUCAUAACUGUCUUGGGUUCACUCUGCAGCAGUCAGAUGCUACUAAUACAGGGAGCACCAUUUCAUAAUAAGGGCCUCAUGAUUUUAGAGCGCAUGCACGCAGCAUAAUGGUUUAGAUACAAAUAUGCAUCUCACAUGCAACAAGAGAUGUCAAAUUAAAGUAAGGAAAUCUCUAUUUCUUACAACGUAAACAGAUUUUUGUAGGGGCAAAACAGACCUGCCCGAGAGGUGCCGGGUGGCCCUCAUUUAUUUGGAGAGGCACCAAAUAUUUUUGAGAUGUGCUAGAUGUAAAAAUAUUCACGCUCAACCUUGUUGUUGUUUUUAAUGCAGAGAAGAGGAUGUUUCAGCAUAAGUGAAAUGUUGCCAUAGGACUAAAUAUUUACACAAUUGCUUCUUGAUACAGGAUCAUUUUGGGAUGGUUCUGAAUAUGCAAAAAACAGAGAAAGGGGGAAGACUUUCUUUCCUGCUAAGGUUGAGGUAAUCCAGAUGUUUUUGUGUGAGACUGCAGCUUGACUCGGAGGAAGAGACUGAGUUCAGGCUUUGCAAGCAUCUUAAGAUGCUGGCUGUAUUGCUGGAAAUCUGAUGUGAGAACAGUUGACUUUUACUGUCUGUUGGAGUGUUUAAGCUACAUGUCCACCUACACUCAACUUGUAUAUUUGUAAAUAAAUGCAGUCUUUCCAAGCACCAAUAAACCUCUAGAGACUCCUUCAAAAGGGAACCAAAUCUAGGUAAUCACUGUACCCCUAGAAUUCCUCAAUGUCCAAAGAUGUGUGAUGGGUACAAGACAGAAGCUACAACCACGAUGACCCUGUGUCUAUAAGCAGCUGUCUUUGAGAUCCUUUCUUCCACACAACUGAAUGGUUAGUGUUCACUCUUCUGGGAGGGGGGGAAAUUCAUUACUUUGAGGGGACAAUUUCCCAUAUAAAGUAAGAAAUGCUCUUCGGUCUAUCACUGAGGUAGGAGCCUAUUGAAAGUAUUGAAUUUUCCCUUACGUCUGAUUGAGGAAAAGAGCAGAUCCUGUCCUCACUCAUCUGUGUCUCAGUCAGAUUUAAGCAGAGGUUGGCUGACCACCUGUCAUGGAUGUUUUAGCUGACCCCUGACACUUGGGGUCCCUUCCAACAACUACAAUUCUAUGGUUCUAUGUUCCACUGAACUUAAUGCAAGUAUGGGGAACUCCAUAUAUUAUGACUCCAGUCAGCCCCAGCAAGCAUGACCAAUGGCCAGAGGUGAUGGGAGUUGUAAUUCAGAAACAUCUGGAGGGCCAAAGUUCCCCCACGCCUGGCUUAAUGGGAACAAUGGGGAACUGAGCCAAAAAUUACAGAAAUAGCCCCAUCCCUUCAUAAGCACUGUGUCACUCUGAGUUUUACCUUUUGGCAUCCCUGGUUUAUCGCACUAGAGUGAUACUUAGAUAUAGAAUCCAUGAUAUCUUGCUACCAUAUAUAUGGCCGGAGUGGUGCUGUGGGUUAAACCACAGAGUCUAGGGCUUGCUGAUCAGAAGGUCGGUGGUUCGAAUCCCUGCGACGGGGUGAGCUCCCGUUGCUCGGUUCCAGCUCCUGCCCACCUAGCAGUUCGAAAGCACAUCAAAGUGCAAGUAGAUAAAUAGGGACCGCUCCGGCGGGAAGGUAAACAGCAUUUCCGUGCACUGCUCUGGUUUGCCAGAAGCAGCUUUGUCAAGCUGGCCACAUGACCUGGAAGCUGUCUGCGGACAAAUGCUGGCUCCCUCGGCCUAUAGAGCGAGAUGAGUGCCGCAACCCCAGAGUCGGACACGACUGGACCUGAUGGUCAGGGGCCCCUUUACCUUUUUAAAAUAAGUUUGGGUUUUAUACAUAACCUGGACAUUAGCAUAUGUCUUAAUGAAUGAAUGAUCUAAGUCUCAGUGAAUAAUAGGAAUGCAGUCACACAAGGAUUAAAUUGGCCCACAUGGGACAAAUGCAGAGACAUUGUCCUACUCUAAGUUCUAUGCCAAUAAAGGAGAUUGAUUGAUUGUGUGUCAAGACCCCGAGACCACCCCCUCGUUGAUGAAUAAGACACAAGGACACGGGUAUUAGCUUAAUGUUAUUGGGCAAAUUUAGGCCACAACUUUAUUGGUUACAGAAUGUGAGUGGUAUUGGCUUAGGCAUUGGAAUUGACCUGACUAUAUUUGACUCCUGCCUGUCACUCAGGGAGUCCUGUAAGGGUCAACCACCGUUAGGGGGAGCCCCUUUGAUGCAAACCAACUCGAGCUCCCCCUGGGUUCCCGACGGGGUCUUGGCAUGGCCCUAGCCCUGCCCUGGGCUUCAGACAAGAUUUUCACCCCCAGAAUCCUUUAACGGAAUACCCUUAAGCUUGGAGGGGCAGGUGAUGGCCAUACUUCACCUCCCACGCCAUAAGAUCAACCAAUACCUAACCGCCAAACCUUACAAAGUUGUGACGAUUGCUACGGGGUAGGCAAAAACCAAAUGGCCCAUGCCAAGUGGAAAAAUUCCUACCAGGCCCCUCAACGCACGCCCCCAGCCAGCAGAUAGGCUGGCUGGUGAAUGAUGUGGCCGGGAACCUCUGGGUGAUGUGGGACGUCGUCCCCCACCCCAGAGGGGAGUGGGUGGCCAUGUGGUCCACCACAACUCCUUCCCACUGGGAAGUGGAGUGGAUUUGAUUGACUAGCUACGUAAGGAAUGGGUAAAGGGAGAAACCACAUUAUGGCUGCGCUCCUAGAGAGUUGGGGUUAGUCCUAUUGAACACAGCAGUAUUUUCUUUUGAGUAGACAUGUAUGGAUUGCACUUUUAGGAAGGUAAAUAAAUCUGGUGGGAGGAUUGAGACUCAAUAGCUUAUGUUGCACAAGAAAUAUUUUGUUUUAUUUUCCCUCAGAAGACAUUUCCAGAGCAAUAUAAGGAUAAUUUUGGCAGAGUCAGUCAUAAUGAAAGUAGAUUGCUCUCACGUGAGUUGUAGUAUUAGCUAUAGUUGUAUUCCCAGCAAGCUUAAAUCUUUGUUCUCUAAUUUUCAAUAUAUAUGUGACCCUUAAACAUUUAAUUAAAAUACAGCAUCUCAAAAUAAAAAUUAUUUGAUCCAACAGAUUUUUGGGGGUGGGGGUGUCACAAUUUAAUGCAAAAGUACCCUAAUUCACACUUCCCAAACCAAUACACACACCAAACACAGUUAUUCUUCAGAGUUUACACUCCCCUGGAUCCAACCAAAAAAAGCAUAUAUUGGAGCAAAGUGAGCACAAAAAUGCACAUCUUGGUUAAAAUAAUAUGCACAUACAGCAUAUUGCAGUAACUGCAUUCAAAAAUGUGUCUAUUAUGCAAAAUUGCACACACACAAAAGCAAUUUGGGGGGGACACAUGCAUUGAAACACAUCUGAAUUUUUGUGCAGAAUUUUACAAAAUGUCCAAACUGAUGCAGAAAUUGGGCAGACCAUUUAAGAUCAGAAAAAGGAGGAGCAGAAAUUGAUAGGUCGUCCCACCUUAAUCCACUGAGGGAUUCUCAUCCCUUCUUCCCAUAUGCAUAACCAAAUAUGGUCAUCUAUUUCUCUUUCUUUUUAAACAAAAAAUAUUCCAGCAGCUGAUAUGUCCUUGAAAGCAACUCGUUCUCAUCUCAUUCCUUUUCUCAUUUGUGUGUGAGUGAGUGUGUUUUAAAAAGGAACUCGUCAGUAACUAGGAGUAUUAAAAGAAAUGUAUGUUACAAGAAUGGCAGGAAAUGACUUUCCAUUCAUUUGAUGUAACUGAAUCAAGUGGAUGGUCUAUUGUUGAUCAGAGGCCUGGUGAUAUAGUUACAUUGCACUGUUGGAAAAUAAAGGGGAAUGCUAAAACUGAAAGAGAAUUAAGCAGCAAGACCAUGAGAAAGCUGUCAUUCUAGUUUUCAAAUUAAGCUGUUUGCUGAAUAUGCUGUCUACAGAGAAUUGGCAGGAAGGAGGGAGAGCUCCCCAUCUUCAAAUAUUUACCAUUCACGUCAUGCCUCCAGUCCCAGAGUCAACAUGUGUCAAUUACUCAGCCUUUUGCUGCAGGGAGUCUGGUAGGGAUAUCUUGUAGCGCAAGGCAAUUCUUAAAAUAUUAAACAUGGUUUUAUAUUCAAUAAUUCAGCAAUGACAGGAUUUAAUAAUAAGCAUGACUGGUAUAAUCAACAGUACUGCACAGAAAUUGCACCCCCCCACACCCUUUAAAAAAGCAAUCGAAGUGAAAAGAAGCCAUUCACGGGAAUGAUAAUUUGUGUACAUUAUCGAUGCAGCUUAUAAAAUGGUUGCAGUGCCCCAAAGACUUACAGUACUAUUACAUCCACACACAAAAUAUAUUCUCAGGGUUGUUUUUUUACAGCACAUGGGGUAUUCUGUACUCUGAACCUUAGGAUCCAACUCCAGGGGGGCUGUGGGUACUUGGGCACCCACAAUAAUAUAAUUCUGGGGGGCGGACACCCACAAAGUCUUUUUUUUUAAAAAAUAUAUAUUAAAUUUUCACAUAAAAACAUGUUCAUUUAUGCCACAACCACGGCGAGAAAUUUAUUGGCCCCAAAAUGGAAAGUACAGGACUUACCGACAAUUGAGGAGUGGAGGACGAAGAUUAUGGACUAUGCAGAGUUAGCUAAGUUGACCUGCGGGAUCCGAUACCAGGGGGAAGCAAGGUUCCAAAAGGAAUGGAGUAAAUUCAUUGAAUAUACGGAGAAGAACUGUAAAAGUUUAAGGACACUUGCAGGACUAAAAUAAAUCCUACGAACUGACUUCGAAUAAGUAGGUAAAAGAAACUGCGGGAUAAGAGUGAGAA